GACCUUCCUCCUCCUCCUCCUGCUGCUCCUCCCGCUCGCCCGGGCAGGGAGCAUGGCGGUGCCGCGGCUCCUGCGGGCAGCAGCCCCGCGUCUCUACAGCAGCGUCCCGGCCUUGGCACCGGCCGCCCGGCCCCACGCUGCGGAUGACAAGCUGCUCUCCGAGCCUCUCAGCCACCCCGACUUCUUCAACGUGAAGGAGCUCUUCACCCUCAAAGAUCUCUUCGAUGCUCGGGUGCACCUGGGGCAUAAAAAGGGAUGUCGCCAUCGGUUCAUGGAGCCUUACAUCUUCGGCUGCCGCCUGGACCAGGACAUCAUCGACUUGGAUCAGACCAUGGAGCACCUCCAGCUGGCUCUCAACUUCACCGCCCACAUCGCCUACCGCAAGGGCAUCAUCCUCUUCAUCAGCCGCAGGCGCCAGUUCUGCCACCUGGUCGAGAGGACGGCGCGGGAGUGCGGGGAGUACGCCCACACGCGCUACUGGCAGGGCGGCCUGCUCACCAACGCACACAUCCAGUUCGGGGCCGGCGUCCGCCUGCCCGACCUCAUCGUCUUCCUCAGCAGCCUCAACAACGUCUUCGAGCCCCACGUGGCCAUCCGGGAUGCCGCCAAGAUGAACAUCCCCACGGUGGGGGUGGUGGACACGAACUGCAACCCCUGUUUGAUCACCUACCCCAUCCCCGGGAAUGACGACAGCCCCAGCGCCAUGGAGCUCUACUGCAAGCUCUUCAGGAUGGCCAUCAUCCGCGCCAAGGACAAGAGGAGGCAGAGUGAGGUCAUCGACGAGCUGCGGAGCAAAGCGGAGGCCAAAUAGAGCCCGAGGGAUGGGCUUGGCCGUGCCCAGAGCCUUGGUGAUGGGCAUCCUGUUCCGCUCCCUCUGGCCCUGCACCCAGAGCACCAGCUUUUGGUGGAGCUGGGCUGGUUGUGGAAGGGACCCAGCAGCUCUGCCACCACAAAGAGGUCCCAGGGCGGUCUCUCCAGCUCAAAAUAAAAUUAUCCAGAGCGAUGUGAGGGGAGACAGAGCCAGGGCAGAGCCAGCUCCUGUCCCUUUUGGAAGGAGGGGUCUCUUGUCCUGUGGCCUUCCCGUUCUUGAGCUUGUGAUCUCACCUGAAACCACUUGUAUCUCGGGCUGCUUCUUGGUAUAAAUAAAGGUUGCUGUGAUCGUU